AUGAGCAACCCACAUGUCCUAGUUAUACCUUAUCCAGAGCAAGGCCAUAUAAUUCCUCUAAUGGAGCUUUCACAAUGCUUGGUAGGUUAUGGUAUCAAAAUCACAUUUGUGAACACAGAACACAAUCAAGAGCGUAUCGGGAAUGCAUCGGCUUGGAAGAUGAAAGGUCAUAUAGGAGAUUUAAUACAUCUAGUUUCAUUUUCUGAUGGUCUGGAAUCUGCAGAAGAUAGGAAUAAGCCAGGAAAAAGAUCUGAAACAUUCCUGAGGCUUAUGCCAAGAAAAGUAGAGGAGUUAAUCGAAAGGAUUAAUGCAUCCGACAGUAAUAAGAUCAGUUGCAUCCUUGCUGAUCAGACUAUUGGAUGGGCCUUGGAACUUGCAGAAAGGAAGGUGAUCAAGCGAGCUGCAUUUUGUUCUGCUUCAGCUGCAAUGUUAGUCCAGGGAUUCAGCAUCCCAAAGCUGAUCGAAUAUGGAAUGAUAGAUAGGAAGGUUGGAUUGGGAUUUAGCACCGAUGAAAACGGGAUAGUGCCAAGAGGAGAAAUCAAGAACAGGGUAGAGCAACUGUUGAGUAGUGAAGAGAUUAAAGCAAGCGCAUUGGAACUCAAGGAAAUGGUCAUGAAUAGCAUCAAAGAAGGUGGUAGUUCUUGCCAAAAUUUCAAGAAAUUUAUUGAAUGGAUCAAGACUUAG